AUGAGGAGGAAAAUGGAUCGAAUGCAUCGUGGUUUAAUCGCAUCAGAUUACACAACCAAUGAUAACAUCUUCUCAAUUGACGUUCGUAUAACCCAGAGAAAACCAAUCAAACAUAUUAAAAUAAAUAAGGGAUACAAUACGAAUUAUGGAAAAUGCAACUCUAUAGAAAUUAAAACUAAUAGUAAUGAUCCAGUUAAAACCUUUCUCCCAACAAUCAUGCUCAAAAAUGCAUGUCAUAUAACUAAUAAAAUUGAUGAACUACAAGGAGUCGUCAUGAAUGAUGGUCCUGAAGUUGUUCUGAUUACAGAAUCCUGGCUUUCUCCAAAUAUACCAGAUACAGCAAUAUCGAUUAAUGAUGAAUACAAAAUAUUUCGCAAAGAUAGACCCACCCUUGGCAGAGGAGUUCUUACUUAUGUACAUCAAAGUAUAGCUGUUAGUCGAAAAGACCCAAUCAGAGGCAAGGUGGAAAGGAAAUGCAAAAUUACAAAACUGCCAAAAUGGUUUCUGUAUGAAAUCGUGUCAAACAAACAAAAUGGGAUUGACUGUGACAAGUUUGAUUAUUUUGCCCGUGACUGCGCUAACGUUGGAUCGAGAAGUACUUUUGACCAUCGACGCUACUUUAAGAAUGUUCGCAUCAUGUCUAUUGAUGAAGAGCUACAUAUCUGCGUUCGUGACAAAGAGGUGUUUAACUUGUACGAAUUGUUCCACACACGUUGGUCUCUCCAUCACAGAGUUUAUCAACACAAAACUAAGGCACCAAUAGAAGAUUUGCUGGCUAGGGCGUUUUAUAAAGUCGAUAAAAUCAUGAAAAUCUCAGAAGCUGUGAACGAUAUGGAACGAUACACCGUUCUAACAGACAGCAUUCUCUAUGAUAUAUUACAAAAUGAGAGUGAGGAGCAUGCUGUCGGAGAAGCGCAGGCUUUGAUAAAACGCACACAAGAACGAGAAAUUUACAAAUUUUGUGGUCAAACUCAGCCACAAUCGAAUGACUGUCCUUCGGAAGAAGAUAUCGUCGAAGACCUGUUAAUAAUAUCAAAAGAUUCGGAUAAAAUAUCAAAAGAAGAAUUGAAUAAGGAAGAUAUAUUUGUUCACAUACCAAAAAUCGAUUUUGGAAUGAAAGGUAUGAAUCCAGUUGAAGCUGUUACAUUUUUCGAAAAAUCUGGCGAAAAUGUAGAAAUAAAAAGAGAGCAAGUGAGUCGAAUGCUGCCACAAAAUUUCCAGGAAAGAUACAUCAGAGUUUAUGCAAAAUACUCCGAAAAGAAGGAGCAGACUGAAUUGAUCAAAAAAACGUUUAGGAAAUGGUGCUCCAAGCAAAAGUAUCCGAAACCUAUAGGAGGAUAA